ACAAACCCAAAAUUUCGGCGAAAAAAACCCUCAAGACCUGCGAAACACGCCGAAUAUCCAAAAGGUCAAAAAAAAAAACUAUAAGUACUUCUAUUCUUCUUCGCUAAGCUCCCUCCCACUCCCUCUCUCUCAAACCUUGAACUGCUUUUUCUCCCUCUUAAGCCUCAGGCUUCGAGCAAUAAGCUUCUCGUUUCCCUCUCUAAAACCCUGCAAGAUAAGAGCUCCUGCGUGCCUUUGAGAAUGGCGCUCCCAUAUAUGGAAUCCGUUGUUGGAUUUAUGGUCUUGAUGUACAUUUUUGAGACAUAUCUGGACCUUCGGCAACAUGCAGCCCUUAAGCUGCCAACCCUUCCAAGGCCUUUACAUGGGGUUGUGAGUCAGGACAAGUUUGAGAAGUCUCAAGCUUAUAGCCUUGAUAAAAGCCAUUUCCACUUUAUACAUGGAGUGGUAACCAUAGUAAUGGAUGUCUCAAUUUUGCUUUUUGGUGUUUUGCCUUGGUUUUGGCAGAAAUCAGAAGCAGUGUUGGUGUACAUGGGUUUGAAUCCUGAGAAUGAGAUAGUCCAUACACUUGCAUUCUUGGCUGGAGUAAUGCUUUGGUCACAGAUUACUGAGCUGCCAUUUUCGUUAUAUUCAACUUUUGUAAUUGAAGAGCGCCAUGGCUUCAACAAGCAAACAAUAUGGUUGUUCUUUAGGGACAUGCUUAAAGGCAUUGCUAUUACUAUUGUAAUUGGACCACCAAUUCUGGCGGCAAUCAUUGUGAUUGUGCAGAAAGGAGGCCCAUACCUGGCGAUAUAUCUAUGGGGCUUCAUGUUUCUGUUGUCUAUUUUGAUGAUGACCAUAUAUCCUAUUUUGAUAGCUCCCCUGUUCAAUAAAUUCACAACUCUCCCUCAAGGAGAACUUCGGGAAAACAUUGAGAAGCUGGCUGCAUCACUGAAUUUUCCUUUGAAGAAGCUGUUUGUAAUUGAUGGAUCGACAAGAUCAAGCCAUAGCAAUGCAUAUAUGUAUGGAUUUUUCAAAAAUAAGCGGAUAGUGCUAUAUGAUACAUUGAUUCAGCAGUGUAAAAAUGUAGAUGAAAUCGUUGCUGUCAUUGGGCAUGAAUUAGGGCAUUGGAAGCUUAAUCACACAUUGUACUCGUUCAUUGCUGUGCAGAUUAUCACAUUUCUGCAGUUUGGAGGAUACACUUUAGUGAGGAACUCAAAAGAUCUCUUCCUCAGUUUCGGGUUCAAAACACAACCAGUGCUGAUUGGGCUCAUCAUUUUUCAGCAUACCGUCAUACCCCUGCAGCAUCUCGUAAGCUUCGGCCUUAAUCUCGUCAGUCGAGCCUUCGAAUUUCAGGCUGAUGCUUUCGCAAAGAAGCUCGGAUAUAGCACUCCUCUAAGAGCUGCGCUCAUAAAACUGCAGGAAGAAAACCUCUCGGCCAUGAACACAGACCCAUGGUAUUCAGCCUACCACUAUUCUCAUCCUCCUCUAGUCGAAAGGCUUGCAGCACUUGAUACCGCGGACAAGAAAGACAGCUAGUGAAUCUCACAACUCACAUUUAAAGCAACCACAAUUGAAAACUGGAGAAAGUUCAGGCUGUUGGCAUUUUCAUCGAUGCCUGUAUACAAGCAGCUGAAAACUCAUGACAUUGUAAUGAAUAGGAACUUGGUGCAUCUGUUGUAUCAUUUUAAUCUUAUACAAAAGAUUAUGACUUCCAUCAGACUGAAAAUAGUAAGAAAUUUAGGUCUAAUAUCAGGAUCACAGAGUCUAGUGUGGGGGAGGGGGGGAAGUAGUUAAUCAAUUUACUGGUUUCGAGUCUUGAGUGGAGCCUAUGGUUCGUUGUUCAAAAUUUUGGAAUGUCAAAUCCUGUAAUGACGCCGAAAAGCAUGUUUCCACUGGCCAUGCUACUGGGUUCUGCUUAAGAACAAAAGUUAUUUUGUUUCUUGUUUCCUUUAGAAAGAAAGCGUAAUGAGUUGUAACGUUUUAGUUUGUCCGGUACAUGGUAUUAAGUAAUGAAUGCGUGCUGCAAUUAAGAGUU